AAGGCACAUCUCGCUCGCAGCGCCCCGCUAGAAUCCAAAGCCAAAACCCCAAUCGCACAGGAGAGACCGAGAGCGAGGUUUUCCAUCCAUGGCUCCCGGCGUCGCUUCCGUACUGGUCCCGCAGGAGCCCGUCCUCCUCAAGGACAUCAUCGCCUCACCGUCCCCCUGCGGGAACACCGCUGUCUCCGCCCGCCACCUCUUCGGCAACGGAGUCGCGCCGCCACGCUCCUCGGACGACGGCAUCAAGGACGUCGCUGCCGACCGCCACGGUGACCGCGACCUCUCCAUCCCCAAGAUCUUCACCGGAGACGUGCUGGACCUGCUCGACGAUGCUGCUAGGCUGGACCUGAUGCUGGCGCUGACGGGGGACGGCGGUGCGGCGUCCAUGGCCGGCUUCUCCGCGCGCGGGUGGUGGGUCUCGAAGGAGGAUGGCAACGCGGUGCAACUGAAGGUGCCGAUGCCAGGGCUGGGGAAGGAGCACGUGAAGAUGCGGGUGGAGAAGGACGCCCUGGUGAUCAAGGGGGAGGCCGGCAAGGACCUCGAGGGCGACGACGACAAGGGCCCGGCGCGGUACAGCUACCGCAUCGGCCUCUCCUCCCAGGCUUUCAAGAUGGACCAGAUCAAGGCUGACAUGAAGAACGGCGUGCUCAGGGUCACCGUCCCGAAGAUCAAGGACGAGGAGCGCAAGGACGUCUUCGAGAUCAAGAUCGAGUAGGGUGUGUGCAUCGGAUGGGUCCUCCCAGGUCUCCUAGUUGCAGUCCAUAUCGUAGUUGCAGUCCAUAUCCAUAUCGUAGUUGGCAUGAGCUUGUCGUACUAGUAGUUUCAAACUUUCAAUUACUGGAGUGCAGUAGUCGUUUCUGUUGCAGAGCAGUCGUAGUACUAGUAGCUUUCUGGUGGUGCUCCGUCUCGUGCCUGAUGCGAGGCAGCGUAUACCUUUCUGUUGGUCUUGCAAAGUUCAGUUCCCUGGAUGGCGACGAUCACUGACGAUCUUGUGAUGAACUUCAAAUGGUAAUGGAAUCUGCAGUUAAUAAUCG